GAUUGUAUUUACCUGGUCGCAUUGUGUGUGUAUCAUUAGAAAUCUUCAACUUUGACGACUUUAAAAGACUGAUCGCAUUCAGUAAUAAUAAUACCAUGAAUAAAUAUACCUUGUCCAACUUCAGGAGAUCCGCCGCAUCAAAAGAAACAUGGAAAGUUGUGUGACAACGUUUGUGGAUUUAGCUAUGGAGAUAUACAUUGUGUAUUUAUAAUUCAUGGAUAUAACGGGCAAAAUUAAGGUCUAACUAUGUCUUCAGAAGACACAAGCAGUGGAGGAGUAUUCAGUGACACGAACAAUUCGGGAGUCAAGACCUUAGUGAUGGUCUUCAUCAUCCUGGGCAUCAUCGCCUUCUCUCUGGGGCUGGCCAAGAUCUGUCAGUACUGUCGCAAGAAGAAUUACCUCCCGGAAGACGACGAGAGCGUGAUAAGCGAGCACACGAGGGACAUCAUAAAAUCGCGCUUGGCGGUGUUGCAUUAUAAGAAACGGGAGAUGCGACGGGAAAAGCGUGCUACCACUUUUCGGGGUGUUGCGAGCUGGUUAACGUUCGCGAGGAAAAAGAAAAAACAAGAUGAUGAUGAUGAUGAAGGCGAUGAUGAAGAUCAUCGUGUGGCCACUCAAAUUCCCAUCGAAAAUGUGCAAUCUUUGGCUAAGUUGGAAAACGAAAGCGUUGGUAAGGACGCUGGAAAGGCAAACGGUAAUGAUGACGAUGAGAAAGAUGGUGCGAUUUCUAGCACGGCUAGAUUACCGAUUUUUACGCAUUCAGUAAGUGCUACUAAGCUCCCAGAUGCGACAGCAAAGAAGACAAGUGAAACUAAAGACAUUCCCGUGCAACGAGGUAGGCCAGUUUCUAGCAGGUCGCGUGUAAUGCCGAACGUAACUAUGACGUCAGUUGACGCAAAAAGUAAACCUAAAUUGAAUGUGAAAUCGGUGCAUUUUGAGGAUGACGGUGGUGAUAAACUAGCAGUACCAAGCAAUACAAACUCUAAAUCAGCAAAAGGUGUUACGAUAUACCAAAAACUCAUAGUACAGAACAAACAAACUCGCAAGCGGUUUCAAUCGAUGUGAACGGUGGUCAUACGAAUCAUGGUUUCAAUUCAGACGUUCCAACAAAUUCUGCAAUAAAAGGCAAAGUGGACGAUUUAACAGUUCCUGUGAUUAUCGAAACUAAAACAUGAAAAGCCACAAAUUGCGUUUGAUCGAAACAUAGUUUUCGGCCAUUGUGAAAAUGGUUUGUUGUUUAUUUUGCGGAGUUUCGGAGCCUUGGUACCCGUGUCUUUCGAAAAAUAUCUGAGUGUGUUUGAGAAAGGCUGGAGACAUUGGUGCUCAACGAUAGAGCCUCGUUUCGUGACAACUGGUCGUAAUGCAUGUGCAAAAACGUCAUCCCAGAUUAGCCUGUGUAGUCCUUUAUUAAAUUUCCCGUUAAAUGGCGGUCUCUUCAAAAACAAGUCCAGUUUAGGUGGAGAGAGUUGUCCCUGAUUAGCCUGUGCGGAAUUAAAAGGCAGAUCUAGGAUGACAUUUUACGCACAUGAAUUAGCCCAGUGUUCCCAGAACGAGACCCGAUGUCUUCUUACUUAACCUAUAUAGGCAACUAAACGUGUAUCAUUAUGUUGUCGCUGUUAUUUUCUUGAAGGAAAAUACUUUCAGUUGUUUGUGUCCCUUUAACAUUAUUGUUAAUCAGUUUAAUAUGUUAUCAUGUAUCAUGUAUCAUUUGACCACGUUGUUGCAUUUCUAUGCAUCAUAAUUCCACGUCGUUGUUUAUUGACUGAUAAACGACGAUACAUCGGACAUUGUUUUCAAAAUAUCGUAUUAAUUAAUAGUAUCAACAAUUGCUAAUAGGACAUGGAAAGUGCAAAUAAACAAGACAUUUUGGUGAAUUAAUGAAAUAAAUGAUCGUCCUGUAAUGGGGAUUUCGAUUAUGCUACAUAUCGAAGCUGCCAUUAUUAAACGCUCGCGCUGGUACUGAUGCCCC